CUUACCCGUCUACGUCAUUCCCUCUCGGUCUUCCGAGCACAACAAACAUCGAGGAUACGACGACUGUCAAACAAGUGAAAAACGGAACCGGAACGGCUGCAGCUAUGGGGAAGUUCCACUCCCUGUUCGCCAACCCCAAAGACGAGAGUCAGGACGCGCUGACGGCCUCCGGAGAGGGCGGCGAGGAGGACGGAAAGAACGGAGACGUGUCUCAGUUCCCCUACGUGGAGUUCACCGGACGGGACAGCGUCACCUGCCCGACGUGCCAGGGCACCGGCCGGAUACCGCGAGGUCAAGAGAAUCAACUGGUGGCUCUGAUCCCGUACAGCGACCAGCGGCUGAGGCCGAGCAGGACGAAGCUCUACGUCACCAUCUCCGUGGCGCUCUGCCUGCUGCUGUCUUGCCUGGCGGUUUUCUUCCUCUUCCCUCGCUCCAUCGACGUCUCCUACGUGGGCGUGAAGUCGGCCUACGUCUCCUACGACCUGGGCAAGCGAAUCGUCUACCUCAACAUCACGAGCACCCUGAACAUCACCAACAACAACUACUACGCCGUGUCCGUGACCAACAUCACGGCCCAGGUGCAGUUCUCCAAGACGGUGAUCGGCAAGGCCAAGUUCAGCAACAGCUCGGUGAUCAUCCCGCUGGACGAGCGCCAGCUGGACUACACGGUUCCCACCACCAUUGCUGACGAGAUGAGUUACAUGUUUGACUACUGCACCUUGCCGACCAUUAAAGUCCACAACAUCGUGGUCAUGAUGCAGGUGACGGUGACCACGUCGUACUUCGGCCAUGUGGAGCAGGUCUCCCAGGAGAUGUACCAGUAUGUGGACUGCGGGGGGAACACCACCUCCUUGCACGGGGGCGUGCAGGUCUACCAGUAAAAAAAAAUGAAAAAAAUCGACAAAAAAAGAUCCAAAGGCGUCAAAAACACUGCGGAGAAAUAAAGAAAAAACGUCUGACUUCCAGGGAGGAAGUCUUUGUAAAUAAUGGAAUGAUGGGAGGGGCUUAACUUUUCUUAAACUAGUCAGUGGCUCAUUCAUUAUUAAUUCCCCUCAAACCACUUUCCUCUUGGUAACUUAUCUAACCGACGGGUUGUAGUUGUUCUGGUGCCAACAAAACAAACAUGAUGUAAUAUCCACAUCCGUAGUAGACACUCACACGGUCAAUAACAUGAACACUACUGAUACGAAGCACUUUUAACGUGAUCUAUAACCACAGAUAUUAAAGAUGACAGUCGAGUACUACUCGAUGCCACUUUUUAAAUAAAAAAACUACGACGGCUAAAGUUCACGAGGGGGAGAAAAAAAAAACCCCCGUCCUGCUCUUUCCUCUCUCUCUCUUUUGAUUUUUGUUUCAUCGAAAAUAUGAUUCUUGAUAUUAGAGCAAUGGAGAGUUUUAUCUCUUUAUUUGUCUUUUUAUUUGUAUUUUUGAGUUCCGGUAGUUUAGGUCUUUUCUCAUGUUUAGCUCGAGUGGUUUUAAAGCAGACGUGACGACGUUUAAAAAAAAAAAAAAGAAGGAUUUAAGAUGCAGACGUGUGUGUGUGAAUGUAACACUUUACGGCUCGCUUCAAAACGUUCUCCUCUUCGGGGUCAUUUGCAAUAACAGUUUUUUUUGGGUCUAUUUUAACCCACUCUGCAUCUAGAGCUCGUGCCACGAGGUAACUGGUGUUCUUGGGUUUUAAAAAUAAAUAUAAACUUCCUCUUUGAGACAUCAAAACGCCUCAAAUUGUCCAAACACUACAAUAUUACAUUGUUGCAUUUAAAAAAUCUUUUUUUUGGUGGGACCAUUUAUACAAUUUUUAACGUCGUCAUAAGGGAAACAGAUCUGAGCUCCGACCCUUCGUGAUAGUUGAGGAUUUGAACGCCGUUCUGUUGCCGUUAUGCCUCAUUUGAAGUUUGAUUGGACGAGAGUUUCUCACAUCCUCGUCCAACAACAACAACCAAGCGUAUUAAUUCUGCUCCUCCUCAUACAACUCUUCCAUAAUUCUUCUUCCAGAUUUUCUGUUUCUCGUGCAUGAAGCUGGAAAUAAAAAUAUCCUGUUUUAUUUUGAAA